AUGCAGGGUGGGCUCCUGCUCCGGCUGCUCCUUGCCACAGCUCUGUGCCCCGGCCUCCUUGGGACAGCCUCGGUGCAGAACCUGCACCUCUGCGAGGGCUAUGCAGGCCCCGACGGCCGCUACCACCCCGGCUUCUACUGCCCACGGCUGAGUGACCCGGCCGACUACCGCUACUGCUGCCGCCGCAGCCCCCUCACCCUCAAGACCUGCUGCUCCCAGCUGGCCCUGGAGGCCCUCACUGGGGUGAACCUCUCCAGCCUGGCCGGCCCCGGGCUCCUCCGGAACCCGCUGGCCCUGCCCUUCGUGGGGCUCUACGGGCUUCUCAUCCUCCUCCUUAUGGCCGUCGACCUCUUCCACUUCUACCGGACCCGGCGCUGCCGCCUCGGCCGCCUCCUGCCCUGCGCCCGCUGCCUGCCCUGCGGCCUCCCAGGGGGGCCCCGCUCCCCGCUGCCCCCCAGCCGCGCCUGCUGAGGGGGGGGCCGC